AUUACGUCAUACUUGUAGCGCCAGUGGGGCAGGGUAAUUAUUUAAUUAAUAACAGUGAAUACCGAUUCAUUCAUAAAUAAGUAUUUGCAUAAUACACUAUUUGAUUUAAAUAGUUUUUUGACAAUUUGGAAAAUACCAACAUGGCUGAUAUGACCGGCAAGGUUAUCAAAUGUCGUGCUGCAGUUGCUUGGAAGGAAAAAGAACCAUUAUCAAUUGAAGAAAUUGAAGUCGCUCCUCCUAAGGCACAUGAAGUGCGAAUAAAAGUUGUAUCUAAUGCCCUUUGCCACACUGAUGCUUAUACAUUAGAUGGUUUCGACUCUGAGGGAAUUUUUCCCUGCAUUCUGGGUCACGAGGGUGCCGGACUCGUUGAAAGCGUCGGUGAAGGCGUUAAAGAAUUUCAACCGGGCGAUCAUGUCGUUCCACUCUACAUUCCACAAUGUGGUGAGUGCAAAUUUUGCAAGUCGCCAAAAACAAAUCUUUGCAGUAAAAUUCGUGCGACACAGGGAAAAGGUGUGAUGCCAGAUGGUACUUCUCGUUUUACUUGCAAGGGUAAAACACUCGCUCACUUUAUGGGAUGCUCAACUUUUUCUGAAUACACUGUCGUCGCUGAUAUUUCUCUCGCUAAGAUUGAUCCAACUGCUCCGUUGGAUAAAGUUUGCCUCCUUGGUUGUGGAGUCUCAACUGGAUACGGUGCUGCCUUGAAUACAGCAAAAGUCGAAGCAGGAAGCACUUGUGCAAUUUGGGGAUUGGGAGCCGUUGGCUUGGCCGCUGCACUUGGCUGUAAAACAGCUGGAGCUUCUCGAAUUAUUGGAGUUGAUAUUAAUUCCAGUAAAUUCGAAAAAGCGAAAGUUUUUGGUUGCACCGAAUUCGUGAAUCCGAAGGAUCACAAAAAACCGAUUCAAGAAGUCCUGACUGAAAUGACCGACGGAGGUCUCGAUUACACUUUCGAAUGUGUCGGAAAUGUUCAAACCAUGAGAGCUGCUUUGGAAUCGUGCCACAAGGGAUGGGGCACUUCAGUAAUCGUGGGAGUGGCGCCUUCCGGUCAAGAAAUCAGCACUCGUCCCUUCCAAUUAGUCACUGGUAGAGUUUGGAAAGGAACUGCCUUCGGUGGAUGGAAAUCCAAAGAAAGUGUUCCAAAACUUGUCAAAGAAUAUCAAGCGAAAAAAUUGAUUCUUGACGAAUUUGUCACUCACACUCUGCCAUUGGAGAAAAUUAACGAGGGUUUUGAAUUACUUCACUCUGGAAAUUCCCUGAGAACAGUUAUUAACUUCUGAGAGAAUAAUUUUCUACUACAUACUUCCAUAAAAUUCUGCACAAAAGGUACAGUGAACUUUGUAUUUUUGUAUAACUUUCUUAAAAAACUGAUGAUUAAAUCAUCUUUUAUUUUUACCAAAUAAAAAUUUUUCAUUAAAA